CGGUCUUAUUCAUAAUCAUUUUUCACAUUUUAUCAAAUGCUUAUUAGAGGUUUAUAAAACGUUUGAUAAAAAUUGUUAUUCAUAAUCGUCAUUUAGCGCUAAAAUCCUCUUUUAUCUGUGUGAUAAGUUAUCGAGAGCUCGGGCCUUGUUUAAAGCUCUAAUAAACCUAUUUUAACCUAACUUUUAUAAAUGUCAUUUCAUAUGAAUGUCACUUCGUUGGUUUAUUUAUUCAAAAUAUCCUUGCUGUGAUCCUUGCUUGUGAAAAUGAAUGCUAUAAAUGCAAUUGUGCAUUUAGCCAAUAAUGCCGACCCAGCGCGACGUAGAAAGCUCUACCGCCAACGAAGCAACCCAUUCGAUUUGCGGGACCUAAAUUUUAAAAUAAAAUAUAGGUUCAAUAAGGACACAGUGCGCACCAUCAUAGAUUUGGUGGAAGAUGAUCUGGUUCAGAGCGCUAGAGGUGGUGGCACGUGUCCUGAACUGCAAGUUUUAGUGGCCAUAAGAUGUUGGGGACGUCGUGAGGUACAAGAUGAUGCUGGUGACCUCCAUGGCCUAAGUCAGCCGACAGUGAGCCGGAUAUGCGCCAGAGUCGCGCAUGCAAUCGCGAAUAAGGCAAAUUCCUUCAUCAAAAUGCCUAUCACUAUAGGAGAGCAGGAAAGAAUUAGUGCCAAAUUUAGAGCAAUUAAAAAUUUUCCUGGGGUGAUAGGAGCCAUAGAUUGCACCCACAUUAAAAUUAAAAAAACCGGAGGUGACAUGGCCCAGUACUAUAUUAAUAGAAAAGGCUAUUAUUCCCUGAAUGUUCAGGUUGUCUGUGAUGCUGACCUCAAAAUAAUGGAUAUAGUGGCUAGAUGGCGAGGCAGUACACAUGACAGUCGAAUUUUUAUGGAGAGCAAUAUAAAACAACGAUUUGAGGAUAGGCAGUUUAGAGGACGCCUUAUUGGCGAUUCGGGCUACCCUCUUCUGCCAUAUCUAUUUACACCUAUUUUAAGGCCUAGUCGUCCAGAAGAAGAAGCAUACAAUAAUGCUCACAUCUCAACUAGGAACACUGUUGAAAGGUGUUUUGGGGUGUGGAAGCAGCGGUUCCAAUGCCUACUCCAUGGCUUACCAGUAAGCCUCCAAAAUGGAAAAGCUGUGAUCAUAGCAUUGGCUGUAUUACAUAAUAUAGCCAUUGAUAUGAAUGACACAUUGUUAGAACAACAUAUGGAGCAGGUCCCUGUAACUCCGCAACUUUCGACGGAGAACAGUGUUCACGACAACCGACCUUCAUUGUUGAGGCGUAGGUCGCAGUUGAUACUACAAAAUUUUAUAAAUCAACAUUUUUGAAUGAUACUGUUCCUGGCAUCUUAAUGAAAAUAAAAAGAAU